UUUAGUCUGGGGUUUUCAAAUGCACCUGGGAAGUGCCUAUGUUUAUUCCUUUUCUAUUUUUAAAGCUUCCUAAAAUGUCAGCCCCCAGUACACAUCUUUACUUGUAAUGCCUUAAAAGCAGUUUUACUACAAUUUCAGUUUUAGGGAUAGCUGCAGAAGAAAAAGGAUAUACAUGUAUUUGUUUCACAAAUAACAUUAAGUAUAGGACAGCAGAUUGCAAUAUUUUAUCAGAAUGCAAAGCUGUUUCUGAAAAGUUAAAAAAUCGUUCAACUGGCAGCCACAAGAGGUGGCUAUUUUCCUACUUUUGUCUCAACAAGAGUGGGUGAUGACAAACUGAAAAGAAACUGAAAAUAAAAGGACAAUUCUGCCUUCAGUACGGUUAAAAAAAGAGACGAGACGGAUAAGCAAUCAAGAAAUUCUCCGCUAGACAGAAGAUAUGCAUUUUUGUUUGUUUGUUUUUGAUUGUUAGAAUAAAAUGCUGAAGUAGCUAAAAUACAAAAUCCAAUAAACAAUUACAACAUUUCAGUGGCCAGUGGCAAUGCUAUUGCUAUUACACAUUUUGAACUUUGUUGGAAUUAAUUAUGCCCUCAGUGGAGAAAGAAGCAUUGAAAACACAUCUUUUCCUAUAGCAACAAAUGGACAGCCAUUUCCAUGGAAUAAAUUAAGGCUCCCUGGUUGGAUCCUCCCAGUCCAUUAUGACCUUGUAAUUCACCCGAAUCUGACUUCAUUAAUAUUCAUGGGAUCUGUGAAGAUUGAAGUCACUGUGGUACAUGAAACUAGCACCAUAGUCUUACAUAGCAAACAUCUGGAAAUCACCAGUGCAGCUAUUGAGGAGGAAAAUGGAAAGACCCAAGCAGAUUUAAAACAAAUGAAAGUUUUGGAAUACCCGCCCCAUGAGCAAAUUGCCUUUCUAUAUGCUGAACCAUUGCUGGAGGAUAAGAAGUAUUUCCUUUCUAUAAACUAUAUUGCCAAUCUUUCAGACGGUUUCUAUGGCUUUUAUAAAAGUACUUACAAAACUAAGGAUGGUCAAACAAGAUUGUUGGCUUCUACUCAUUUUGAACCUACUUCAGCCCGGAUGGCAUUCCCAUGUUUUGACGAACCAUCCUUUAAGGCAAAUUAUACAAUAAAGAUUCGGAGGGAUGGGCAACAUAGUGCACUAUCUAAUAUGCCAAAGGUAAAGACUCUAAAGCUAGACGACAACAACCUGUUUGAAGAUCACUUUGCAGAGAGCGUAAAAAUGAGCACCUACUUGGUAGCAUUUAUAGUUAGUGAUUUCCAGUCAGUCAGUGGUACAACUUCAUCUGGAAUUAAGGUGUCAGUAUAUGUCACUCCAGAGAAACUGAAUCAAGCUCGUUAUGCACUGGAAGCUGCCAUAAAGAUAUUGGAAUUCUAUGAGCAAUAUUUUGGUAUCUAUUACCCUCUCCCAAAACAAGAUCUUGUUGCUGUCCCUGACUUUCAGUCAGGAGCCAUGGAGAACUGGGGCCUGACCACAUACAGAGAGACUUCUCUGCUUUAUGAUCCUGAGACUUCUUCUGCUUCUGACAAACUUUGGGUUACCAUGGUCAUAGGACACGAACUUGCUCAUCAGUGGUUCGGUAAUCUUGUUACCAUGGAAUGGUGGAAUGAUAUCUGGCUGAAUGAAGGGUUUGCUCGAUACAUGGAAUUUAUAUCUGUUGAUGCCACAUACCCAGAGUUGCAAGUGAAUGAUUAUUUGUUAGGUACCUGCUUUGCUGCAAUGGGAAGAGACUCUAUGAACUCAUCCCGCCCCAUAUCUUCAAAAGCAGAAAACCCAACACAGAUCAAGGAAAUGUUUGAUACUGUGUCGUAUGAAAAGGGGGCCUGCAUUCUGCACAUGCUGCGGAACUUUCUGACUGAAGAGGUGUUCCAGAAUGGAAUAAUUCAUUACUUAAAGAAACACAGUUAUAGUAAUGCAAAGAAUAAUGAUCUCUGGACCAGCUUGGCUAAUACAUGUUCAGAAGAGGACUUUACUUCUGGUAAAUUUUGUUACAGCAAAAGUCAGGUGGCUAAGAAUGCACAUAGCUAUUAUGUUGAUGAACACUUUGAUAUCGCGGAGAUAAUGAACACAUGGACACUCCAGAAAGGAAUUCCAUUGAUUACUGUCGAACAAAAUCAGAAGAGAAUUAAAAUAAAACAAGAACGCUUCUUGAAAGGCAUUUUCCCACAUGAUCCUCAAUGGGCCUCAAUGCAGAUUGGCUUCCUCUGGCAUGUUCCCUUGACAUACAUCACAAGCCACUCCAAAAGUAUUGGAAGACAUUUACUGAAGAACCACUCAGAUACCAUAGAACUGGAGGAAGACGUCAAUUGGGUAAAAUUCAAUGUAGACAUGAAUGGCUAUUACAUUGUGCACUACGAAGGGAAUGGAUGGGACACAAUCAUUAAACUGUUGAAUCAGAACCACACCCUUUUCAGCUACAAGGACCGAGCCAGUCUGAUCCACAAUGCAUUUCAGCUAGUCAGUGCAGGAAGGCUGUCACUGGAUAGAGCUCUUGAUCUGACGCAAUAUCUCCAACAUGAAUCCAGUAACAUAGUACUUCUGCAAGGCCUGGGUUACCUGGCAGGGAUCUAUCGCAUGAUGGAGAGAAGAAAUAUUUCCGAUGUCACAGAAAGCCUCAAGAGGUACAUCCUGCAACAUUUUAAGCUGGUGAUUGACAGGCAGACCUGGAGUGAUGAGGGCUCCAUCUCUGAUAGAAUGCUACGUUCUGCUCUCCUCGAGCUUGUGUGUGACCUGCAAUAUCCUCCCUGUAUCCAGAAGGCAAAUGAGCUUUUCAGCAAGUGGAUGGAAUCGGGUGGAAAUUUAACUAACGUUCCUUCUGAUGUCCUGGAGACUGUGUAUUCUGUUGGAUCUAAAACCACCGAUGGCUGGAAUUUUCUUUUGGAGAGAUAUAAAGUGUCCAUGUCUGGUGCUGAACAGGGAAAGAUCCGUUCAGCUUUGGCAAGCUGCAAAGAUGAUGCAAAACUAACAAGGUUGCUGGAGCUUGCAAUGGAGGGACAUAUUAUCAAGACUCAAGACCUGUCAUCAGUUAUUUAUAGUGUCAGCACAAAUCCAGCUGGACAACAUCUUGCAUGGAAGUUUGUAAAGAAAAAUUGGAGCAAACUGCUAGAAAAAUUUCCUCUGGGGUCCUUCUCAAUCAGAACGAUUAUAAUUGGAUCAACAGCACAGUUUUCCUCAAAACAAGAGCUGGAAGAGGUGAAGUUGUUUUUUGAAUCUGUAAAGGAGGAAGUGUCACAGCUGAGAGCACCCCAGAUUGCCGUGGAGAAUAUUGAGAAGAAUAUAAAAUGGCUGGAGAGAAAUUUAGUAACAUUAACAAAAUGGAUAUUAGAGAAUCUUAAGUAAAGCUGCUUGAGAUCAGAUGAAAGAGUGCGGUAUUACUCCGUGCAUUAAAAUAACACAUUUAAAAUCAAACUAGAUUUUUUUCUUCUGAACAGGUGCAUAAUUGCUACAGUACUUUGCUGAACAUCAGUCUUGUUGAAUUAUGCAGUUCAUUUAAUGAAACCUUCCUGACAUCUGAUCAUUUAUUUUUAUGAAAUUUGGACUGCCAUGUUUACAUUGGUUUUGUGUUUGUCUUUAUGGAUAUUUAAGUGUUUAAGCCAAUUGAAGGACUGUAGCUAUAGACUUGGAAGAGUGUGUGUAUGUGUAUGUGCAUGUGUGUGCGUUUUUGAUUUCACAGGAACCUUGUAAAAUUAACUUUGAAGUUCCAGGGUGGGAUACAUAUGUAACUUAGGCCUUCUACUAAAUUUCUUAACAGCUGCAUAGAACCCAGCCCUGCCACUGUGUGCCUUACUUAUUGGUCUUGUCAGUGAUUUCCUCUGUUCCCUAAAAAAAAGCAGCUUUCCCCAGGUUUUGCCUUUGGCAGCUUAAGAAACAUAAAACAACUUCUAUCAAAGACAAAAUACUGUGUAAGGGUUAUGAUAGAUGAAAACAACUUAAUUUCAUUUAAAAAAGAAAUAUGCUUAUUGUGAGGCUAUCUUUUUAGAUUCUUCUAGCAUAGAAAUUGUAUGUCUCUUAUGCAAAUCCAAAAUCAAGGAUUUUUUUUUUAAGAGAUCAAAAUAUUUCACAGGUGUGGGAUAAAUAUUUAGCUAAGAAACUGGAACAAAAUACUACUGUAUGUUUAGAUAAUAUUGGAGACUGUGACACGAAACAAAUUGUAACAAAAAAUCCAACAUUAAGCUUGACAUCUCAGGGAAGCAAAUCUAGGACCCUUUUUGAAGGCUCUUGGUUGGCCCUCUUUCCUUCAACCAGGGGCAUUGUGAAAGUAGAAUGAAUUAGAUUGUAAAAGUAGAAUGGAUUAAAGAAAUGCUGUAUGUUCCUUUAAGCAGGAAUGAGGAAUGUUGAAAUAAAGUUGUCAGGAAGAGAAACAUUAAGGUGUGGAACAAUGGGUCCACUUAAGCUAAUGGUGGGACCUUAGAAGGAGAUCCCUAAGAGUUAAUAAGGAAAUAAGAUAUGUGUGUCUAGCCUCAGGUAAACUUACCAGUUCUGUUCCCUUUGUUAUUUUGUUAAGUUCAUGCCCUUUUUAUCUGUAUAAAUAAAGUAGCUUAAGCCUUGCAUGGCACUCACACAUUAUCUGGGUGUACUAGCAGAGUGCUUUGCUAAUAAAACAGAGUGGCCUGACAAAUUGUGAGUCCUAAAUCUGACUUUGACAGGCAGCUCUAGCUUUUCUGCCGCCCCAAGCACGGCAGUCAGGCAGCCUUCAGCGGCUUGCCUGUGGGAGUUCCCCGGUCCCGCGGUUUCAGCAGCUUGCCUGUGGGAGGUCCGCCAGUC